CCGAACCCUCGACACUUCGGAGCCUUUCUGGAGCGUGGAGGGUAGUUUACCUGGAAAAGGGACAAAAUGAAGCAUUUUACUUUGCUGACUUUGGGUCUAGUGGUGAUUGCGACGCUCUGUGUCGCGAAGUCACCUUAUAAAUCAGUUCUUCAACAUAGCAGAAUUAGGGGAAGGCAACAUGGCCCUAAUGUAUGCGCGAUGCAGAAAAUCCCAGGGACUGAUAAGAAGUACUUCACCAAUUGCAAGCAAUGGUAUCAUCGCAAAAUCUGCGGCAAGUCAACGAUGAUCACCUAUGAGUGUUGCCCCGGCUAUGAGAAGGUUCCUGGAGAGAAGGGCUGUCCUGCAGCUCUGCCAUUGGUCAACAUCUACAACACCCUGGGCGUGGUCGGAGCCACCACCACCAAGAUGUACUCUCAGAGGGCCGAACUGCAGGAGGAGAUUGAGGGGCCUGGCAGCUUUACCUUCUUCGCUCCUAGCAAUGAGGCUUGGGCUGCCCUGCCAUCUGAAAUCCUGGAUGCCCUGGUGAGCAAUGUCAACAUUGAGUUGCUCAAUGCUCUCCACUACCACAUGGUCAACAGACGUCUGACCUCUGAGGACCUCAAGCACGGCACAGCCUACGCCUCCAUGUACCAGGACUUCGAUGUUCAUAUCCACCAUUACCCCAAUGGAAUCAUAACCGUGAACUGUGCCCGUCUGGUGAAGACGGACCAAGAUGCCACCAAUGGGAUUGUGCAUGUCGUUGACCGGGUCAUCACGGCCAUCACCAACAAUGUCCAUACCUUCAUCGACACCGACGAUGACCUGGAGACACUGCGUACUGCUGUUGCUGCUGCUGGCUUGACUAACUUGCUGGAAAGCGAUGGCCACUAUACUGUAUUCGCACCAACUAAUGAGGCCUUUGAGAAGAUCCCACCAGAGACCUUGAACAGGAUUCUGGGAGACCCUGUGGCUCUGAAAGAUCUUCUGAACUACCACAUCCUGAAGAACAUGCAGUGCUCCGAGUCAGUUGUGGCUGGGACACCAUUGGAAACACUGCAGGGCACUGUGCUGGAGGUUGGCUGCGAUGGCACUGAGAUGACUCUCAAUGGCAAAGCCGUCAUCACCAAGAAGGACCAACUGGGAACCAAUGGUGUAGUCCACUACAUCAAUGAGCUCCUUAUCCCUGACUCAGCUAAGACCCUGUCGGAGCUGGCACAGGAAUCCAGUAUUUCAAAGGCAAAUAUGAUGUUCGUUGAGGCUGGCCUGGAAUCCCACCUGUCUGGAUCUGAGUCUGUGACGUUGCUUGCACCUCAGGAUGAUGCUUUUAAAGAGGUCAGUACAACGAUCACUCCAGAUAUGAAGACACUGCUUUCUCACCACAUCGUGAAGGGGCAGCUGUCCUCCAGAAGUCUGUACCAUGGCCAGGUGCUGGAGGCUGUGGAUGGGCUGAAGCUCAGGGUGUUUGUCUACCGCAACAAUCUGUGCAUCGAGAACGUCUGCAUUGCCGCCCAUGACAAGACUGGCCGUUUUGCCACCAUGUUCACCGUGGACAAGCUCCUUACCCCGCCUGUAGGCACAGUGAUGGAUGUGCUCAAGGGAGAUGACCGUUUCAGCACCCUGGUGGGAGCCAUUCAGACAGCCGGCCUGACAGAGAUGAUGAACCAGGCUGGGACCUACACCGUCUUUGCCCCAACCAAUGAAGCCUUCAGUGCCAUGCCUCCAGCUGAUCUCAACAAACUCCUGGGUGACCCUAACCAGCUGGCAAGUGUUCUGAAGUACCACGUAGGAGAUGAGAUUCUGGUCAGUGGUGGGGUGGGGUCCCACAGCAGGAUGAAGCCACUGGAGGGAGAGAGGCUGGAGCUGAGCUUGAAAAACUACACUGUGUAUGUCAACAAGAUCCCUGUAACUGACGCCGACCUGAUGGCCACCAAUGGAGUCGUCCAUGCCGUGGGCUCAAUUAUCCAGUCUCUGCCUCCCAAGGUUUUGAGUGAUGCAGCAGAACCAUCAAAGAGGGCGUUCAGGCACACCUCCACUGUGAGAACUCACAGACAGGCUAUUAGAAAUGAUGAUCUGUUCCAGAAGGUUUUGAGAAGUCAUUCCAGCAGAACAAUUUCUCGUGUUCAGUAACUCAUUGUAAAAGGAAAAAAACGUCUGGAGAAUUUAAACAUAAAAAUUUCAAAAUGUAGUUCCUUUUGCUGAGGAAUAUAUGCUUACACUUGAAAAUUCAGCAGGUAAUGAGUCCAUAUCUUUUCACAAAUGUAAAGCUACAUAAUCCAGAAAACCAUAAAGACAGAGAUGAAAUAUUUUGGUAGACACAUUUGUAUGAUUAUUUUUUUUAUACCAAACUUUUAGAUUGAAAAAAAAAAAAAAACAUUUUUUGCUUAUUUGAUGUGUGAAUGGUCUGAUGUUUAAGCCAAGGCAUUUGGCUUCAGUAAAGGCAUUUAGUAAAGGCUUUGUUAAUAUUACAUGUAGCUUCAUUAAGAAUUCAUUAAGAAUGUUUGAAUACUCAUACACCUGAGGUGACUCUUCUGUUUGUCAUGUCAUGUCUCAUUGUUAAUUUGGAGCAGACCUUUGAAAAAUGCAUAAUGGUGUUUUCUUUCCAUUUACCUGUAGCAUGUUUGCAUGGUUUAAGAUGAUUCUAAAAAUACCAACAAGCAACAAGCAUUUCAGUCCAGUUCAUGUCAUUUGUUUUGUGUGUGUGUGUUUUUUUCUUUCCUUUUUUUUUUUUUUUUGUUUGGUUGUUUUUAGUUAAAGAGCCCAUAACACACACCUAUUUGUAACAUACUGUGUUAGGGAUUUUUUAAUAGAGGUCUGCACAUCUCAAAAUAAAAUGUUCAUUUUGUAGUCAAA